CGAAUAACAUCGCGCCGAUCGGUCGUAGAAUCAGCCGUGUCUGUGUUACGUUGACCAAAUACUAGUUAUCUCCAUCAGUCCUGCUCCACCAGAGUCCCUGGACGUCUGGAUAAAUCUCUGACGGCUUUUUUCCUGGAUAUCUUCCCUCUGAAUCACCUCCCGGUAGCAUGCAAAACUAUUAAAGUUAUCUUAGCAUGCUAGCCUGAAACGGACCGAAGUUAGCAACACGGAGAUAGUCCGAGUUUAACGGAGAGAAAACUGUUUAAAACAAAAAAUCGCGAGGAAACGUGUCUUUGAUUCAGAGAAGAUGUCUAAAGUCCAUGUGCUGAGAUAUUUAGUGAAGCAGCGACUCACUGAGGCUGCUGAAGAGAUAUUUGGGCUGUUUGAAAGAACGAUAGCAGAGUACGAGGAGGAAGCUUCUAGAUUAAAAGAGAACAACGAGCGACUGAAGAAACAUCUGCACCCUGUUUUCAACCCGAAAGUCCACAUAGAAAGAGAAGAUGUCCAGCAGCUCUUUGUGCCUAAAGAAGAGCAGCAGGAGGAUCCAGAGUCCCCCCACAUAAAAGAGGAACCUGAGGACCCAGAGCCCUCACACAUUAAAGAGGAACCUGAGAACCCAAAGCCUUCACACAUUAAAGAGGAACCUGAGGACCCAGAGCCCUCACACAUUAAAGAGGAACCUGAGAACCCAGAGCCCUCACACAUUAAAGAGGAACCUGAGGACCCAGAGCCCUCACACAUUAAAGAGGAACCUGAGGACCCAGAGCCCUCACACAUUAAAGAGGAGAAGCUUCAAGGGCUGGAGGAGGCUGACAUGACGGUGUCAUUCGCGUGUGUGAACAGUGAAGGUGAUAUAGAGGAAGCUUGGUCCUCACAUCUUCAUCAGAGACAAACUGAACAGAUGGUGACAGGUGGUGAUGGAGAGGAGUUUGGAGGACCAGAACCAGACAGAAACUCAGGGUCAGAUUGUCCUCCAGAACCAGAUAGUGAUGAGAAUACUGGAGACUCUUCUGAACCUGAGACUGAGGACAGUGAUGAUUGGAGUAAGACCAAACAACCUCAGUCAGGUUUAAACUCCCAAAAUAAUGAUGACGGUUCUGUCAGUGAUUCAAGAUGUAGAACAAGUGAGAAACAUUUAAUGUGUUCUGAUUGUAAGAAAACAUUUGGUUGCAUUAAGAAGCUGAAAAGUCACAUGCGGACCCACAAAUUAGAGAAAGCUUUCAGGUGUUUACAGUGCGGUAAAUGUUUCAGUAUGGGUGGAUAUCUGAGGAGACACAUGAGAUGUCACACAGGAGAAAAACCUUUCAGCUGUUUACAGUGCGGUAAACGUUUCAGUAUAGGUGGAUAUCUGAGGAGACACAUGAGACGUCACACAGGGGCGAAACCGUUCAGCUGCUCAGAGUGUGGUAGUUGUUUCACUGAAAGUGGGAGUCUGAAGAGACACAUGAGAUGUCACUCGGGGGCGAAACCUUUCAGCUGCUUAGAAUGUGGUAAAUGCUAUGUUAGAAAUGGAGAUCUGAAGUCCCACAUGAAAUGUCACACAGGGUAAAAACCUU